AACACCAGUGCUGUCAGGCUGCUGCUGAGUGAGUGUACGCUGAGCAUCUCUCUGCGAGUAGGAAGAGAAACUACGCUAAAAAGUACCACCAAAGCAUCUCAGCUGUGGAGAUGAUGGAGGAGAAUGAGAAGCAGUCAGACCUCAGUGUGAUGGAGGGGAACAACGAUGGAGACAGCUUCAGGCUUCACAUGGUGACGUGGAACGUGGCCACAGCUGAUCCUCCAGACGACCUGACCGUGCUUCUCCAUCUGAACUCCCCAAAGAGCCCAGACCUCUACGUCAUCGGUCUGCAGGAGGUGUACUCGGGGCCUUUGAGGUUUGUGUCUGACAGUGUAUUCGAUGACCCGUGGAGUCAUCUGUUUAUGACCACCUUGGGACCACGGAAAUACAUUAAGGUGUCAUCCAUCAGAAUGCAGGGUCUGCUGCUGCUCUUCUUCUCCAAGCUGGACCACGUCCCCUUCAUCAGAGACAUCCAGGCCACAUACACACGCACAGGCAUUUUCGGUUACUGGGGUAACAAAGGUGGCGUGUCCAUCCGUCUGUCUUUCUACGGCCACAUGCUGUGUUUCCUCAACUGUCACCUGGCUGCACACAUGAAAUACGCCACAGAGAGAGUGGACGAGUUCGAGUACAUCCUGGACACACAGACCUUUGACUGUAAGAAGGCUCCAACAAUUGUUGACCACAGGCUGGUCUUCUGGUUUGGAGAUCUUAACUUCAGAAUUCAGGACCACGGCAUGCACUUUGUCCGCUCCUGUAUCAACAACCAAACGUUCAGCCUGCUGUGGAGCAAAGACCAGUUGACCAUGAUGAAGAAGAAAGAACAGCUGCUCCAGGAGUUUGAAGAAGGACCUCUGGACUUUCAACCCACGUACAAGUUUGACUUGAACUCCAACACUUAUGACAGCAGGGUCUACAGGACUUGGUUUGGCUUUAACGGGAAGAAGCGUAAACCCGCCUGGACCGACAGGAUUCUGUGGCGGCUCCGACCCAAAGCCCCGCCCCCUGACGAGCCAGAUGACGGUGGGGUCGGACCAGAUGUGAAGAAGGCCGUGCAUGUGGAGGAGGAUGAGGAGUACCCUCUGAAGGUCAGGCAGGAGUUGUACACCAGCAACAUGGAGUACAGCAUCAGUGAUCACAAACCUGUCGUCAGCAUCUUCACGCUGGAGCUGAGGAAGAUGAUCGAGACUCCUCUGGUGCGUCUGCAGGCGGAGGGCGACUGGAGCGCAGACAUUGACGCCAUGGUUAUCUACAGCCCUCUGCAGCCGUUCCCCUCCAGCACAUGGGACUGGAUCGGACUCUAUAAGGUUGGAUUCACCAGUGUGUCGGACUACAUCACCUACACGUGGGUCAAAGACGACGAAGUGGCCUUUAAUGAAGAAGUCAUACAGGUGUAUGUUAGUAAAGAGGAAAUCCCUGUGCGGGGAGGAGAGUGUGUGCUGUGCUACUUCAGUAGUACUCUGCAGUGCAUCAUUGGAAUCAGUGAUCCAUUCAAGGUCCAUGAGUCUAAGGUAGCCAGUGAGGAAGGCCUGGAGCCGGAGAAGAUCAACGGACUCAACCAAACCGUAGCCAGCGACGACUUUUGGAACUGAUCUAUGAGGAGUCGUAGAUGUGGUAUGAUACAGAGGUGGAUCUGCCUGAACCACAUCGCGUAAUUUAAUUACUGUGUUUCCUGAUUUGUCUCCAGAGGAGCAGAUCAGGAAGCGUUGCCUGUUCAUGCUGUGACACAUCCCCACUGACCUCUCUAAUGCUACUGGUGUGGCUGUUAGGCCUCGUUCAGACAUAUCCAGAGUUUAUCCAGAUUAAUUUUAGAAAGGCUGUAUGUAAAAAAAUAACCCCACAUGAAAUGUGAUUUUUGCAAAUCAGAUCCAAACCACAUUGGAGGUGGUUUGAUAUCGGAUUUCAACAGAUGAGAUUCAGUCCGACAGCUCUGCCCUCUCAAAUUGGAUUUUCAAGUGUUGUUUGUGUCAUGACACACAACGUCAUACAUGAGCCCAAUUCAUGCUGCUACGAGCAGAGCAAUAUGGGCGAAAGGUUGCUGCUCUCUGUCGCUGUUUGAUGUGAAGGGUGAAAGGUUGGACCUCCAUUUCUCAUGCUUGCAUGUUGAAAUGACACAUCGCCAGCAUAGCUACCAGAGUUUACGCUACACUUUUGUUUUUUUGACGGCCAAUAUGAAGUAUAUUUUAAAUAUUCAUGUAAUAGCCUACAUUUAAAGGCAAUAAAACAUUUUAAACUAAAUAACUACUAAACGACUACUCGGACGUUUAGUGACAGACAAAAGAGGAAAAGGCCUCGGUGCGCUAAUCGUCACCAUAAAUCAGGGGUGUCAAACUCAUUUUAGUUUAAGUUCCACAUACAGCACAGUUUGAUCUCAAGUGGGCCGGACCAGUAAAACCAUUGCAUGAUAACCUGUAAAUAACGAAACCUUCAAAUUUGUUGCUCUCUUCCAGUGUGAAGAAGUAACCUUACAGGUAACUCACAUCCUGAAAAGGUCCACAGUCAAUAAACAAUCCAUUUACAAAACAAAUGAUGAACAGCCUGAGAUGAAGGCUGAAAGAUGACAGAAAAAUAAGAUGUUGAUGCUAUUCUGCUAGCAUAAGGUAGCUAGCUUUCACAGCUGCACUGCUGAUCUCUCAGCUAAAACUAAAACCAGACUUAUGUUUUCUCAAACCCGCCAACCAUUAAUUUAUCAUCUCUGUUCUUAGUUGUCCUGGCAAGUUGCUAAAUUUUUCGCCAUAAUGAGUUGAUAGUGGUGGUAAAUAUAAUAUUUCUUGAGCACAACAAGCACAGUGACUGUCCAUUUACCUCUGUCAAGAAACAGGAACUAGUUCAUUUGGACCAAUAGGUACAGCAGUGCAUUUAAUUGAAGCAAAGUCAUUAAGUGGGUCACAUUGAACCCUUUUGGCGGACUGGUUCCGGCCCACGGGUCAUAUAUUUGACACUCCUGUCAUAAAUCAUCAAGCCUGCUAUUUACUGUCUGGCUCGCCAUCAUGGAGUGAAGCGUAUCGUCAGUGGAUGUGGCGUAAGCUCUGAACAGGCACGGACGAACUCUGUAUGGUUUAGGGGGAUAGUUAAUAUCCCAAAAUCUGGUCUGCUGAUUUUAGUUUAUAUUUAAGUUGUCCGGGCAACAUAUCCUAUAGGUCAGUUGUUUGAUACGCUAUUAGAAAGUUUAUUUAUUUGACAUAUUUCCAACCGGACAUUUAAGGUUUUGAUAUUUUCAUCUGACGGUCAACCACACGCGAUACACUUAAAAGCUGCCGGCUAACGUAAACUCUGAUGGCUGCGUAGUUACUGAGACCUUCGUCGUUACCAUAGCAACCCAUGCAGAUAGUUUGGUGGUGUCCAGACACACAAAUCCGAUCUGAUCACAGCUCAGAGCAGACGGUCUGUCUUUGAGAUCUGAUUCAAGGACCAAAUCUGAUUCACCUUCAGUCUGAACGCAGCCUCAGCUACUCUCACAUCUGUGGUCAGAACACGACUUCCUCUGUAGGGUCAUUUUCUCUACGUACGUUUACCAGAAUUUAAACUUUGACUGAAACAAUACAAAGGUGGCAUUUAAGAUAUGAAGUGCUUUGAUUGAACAUUAUAUGUUUGGUUAAUGGGGACUGGGAUGUAACAGGUUAUAGAUAAAACAGAGGGUGAGGUAUGUCAUAGGAUCUGUACAGUCUGCUGCUGUGUGUGAACAGCUCCAUUAUGUGUGUAAACUCUGUGUUUUAAUGCUGAACUUUUAACGCUCUCACAGCUGCUUUGUGUGGCUGAUAGAAACGCUGGAUCACUGAAUAGUUUUGCUUGUUUGGAGACGUGAAACACUCCAGCUGAACUUCACCUGACUGCUGCACUGAUGAAAAGGGAAUCGCAAAAUUAACUAAACUCUUUGGCUAGUUUAGUGUCAGCUGUGUUCAUAUGGAGUUACUUUGCAGUGAGAAAUGAGCAAAUUAAUGUUCACUGCUUCCUUAGCAAGUAUGAAGAGAGAGGUUAACUUAAGUCAUUGUGUGGAUGUGAUUAAGAUGCAUGUUCAUGGCAAAGCUAAUACGAUGCUGGAGUUAAUAGCAGUUUUCACAGCAGAUGCCUCCAUUAGUAGCUCAUAUUAAGUUUCCUUGUUUUCAUUUUAAUCUAAGUCAAAGCUUUAAGAUCAAGUGCUUGUUCAGGAGAUAAUCAGAGCUUCAAACCUGUGGGUGAACCAAUAGGCUAAAGCAGUGGCUCCCAGGUGGUGGGUCGUGGUCCGAAAGUGGGCUGUCAACUUGCCAACAUGUCAAGUUUGUUAAAAACACACUUUAUUUUAAAGUGCAGGGAAUUUCCAGCACAGAGCUUUUAUUUUGAAGUGCCGUUUCCUGCUGUAGAGUGCGUGACUUACAGACAGCUACUUAACAGAGACAGCAAAGUAGCUCGAUGACAUGACAGAAGUAUGACACUGAAUAUAUUAAACUGUAUGGACCUUGAACGAAUGACUGUGGAGAGAUCUGGACCCCGUGUGCCUGGACCAGUUGGGAACCAAUUUUUUGGUUUGGCUAAUUAAUCAGUGCCGAUUUUUACAAACUGUCGGUAUCAGCAGAAGUUUUUGCUUGGACUGCAACAGCUGGUCCAGUGCUGCCAAUCAGCUAUCGACGUUUUCCUGCUCCAAACUGUCGUCAUUAUAUCCAGCACCACCCGAGCCUAUCACAAGAAAACACUUUGUAGGCCAAUUGAAAUCCAAUGAAUCAAUCGCAGCUGCCUUAACACCACCAAGCACUCUCAGUAUAGCUCCUUUGGAACCAACAGUUCCGCUAACUUUGCUGACCGAUACAAAAAUGCGAGAAGGUAAGGUCCUGUCUUGAGCCAGGGUUUAGUUUGUCUGUUUUGGGCUGCUGCAGAAACAUGGCGGUGCAACAUGGUGAUCUCCAUAGACGAGGACCUGCUCCCUAUGCAGAUCAGGACAGCUCAUUCUAAAGCCCCAUUGAAACAAGAUGGCAGCUAUUUCUGCGAAAUCAGUCUGCAGCUGAUCCUGAGACAAAACAGGACAAGGUCCAAAACCUGAACAAAUUUAAAGGGAAAUUUCGG